GUUUCAGCCUUUAUUUCUUAUAACUGUGAUGAUUACAGCUGAAAACCCUGAAUAUCAGACUGUGAUCAUACGUGAUUACGCAAAGCAUUAUGGGAUGUGUGCGGACAUGUUGGAAGCUUGACAAGUGUAAACAAAGCGUGAAACAAACAGUACUGUCGCAGAGAAGAAGUGGAUUUGGGUGAAAGAAAGUGUUAAACAACAUUAUAAAAUCCCUAAAGGAUGCGGAAUAAACAGGGAUAUGUUAUAGAAAUAUGUCGGGGACCGGAAUGUGGACAAAAUCAGACUUAUAAAUGGUUUGGAUCCAUAUGAUAAACCUAAGACUGGAGCACCAAUGACACAUUUUUUAUCGCUGCAGUUCUGCAUAACGAACAUUUUCGGCUAUCUUGUUUGUGGUGUGAUGUAAAUGUCCAGAUGAGAGUUGCAGCACCGCUGGCUGUGGGGUCCCGAGAGCGAGCGAGGCAGAGUCUGCGUCAGCAGGAUGCUACCUGGGAGGACACCAGCAGGGUUCAUCGACGGUCUGCAGAGACAAGCAGGUCUGGCGGCGCAAGUGACCCGGCCCCAUCACGUGGAGAGGCUGCUUGAGGAGGUGCUGCUGCAGGAGGACCGGAAGGACGUUUCCCUGGGGAGAUCGACAGACGUGGAGCUGCGGAACAGCGGGUGGUUCAUCAGCCGGAUGCCACCUGGGAGGACAUCAGCAGGAGUGCUCAACGGUUUUCGGAGACGAAGGGCUCCGGUGAUUCAAGCAACCCUGCCCCAUUGCAUGGAGAGGCUGCUCGAGGGGGUGCGGUUGGAAGAGGAUCGGGAGGACGUAUCCCUGAGAAGGUCGAGGGACCUGGAGCUGUGGAGCAACGCGUGGUUCGUCAGAGGAGACCCCCUGUUUGGCAUAAGGAUUAUCAUGUGGAGAUCUAGGACUCGAGGGCGAGUCCUUCAGGACAAAGAGGGGGAGAGUGUGAUGGACAGAAGACGGAAGCUGUCGAGCUCCGAGGGUGUGGUGAGUGGACACCAGCUGGUCCUCGUUAUGGAUAACGAGGCCAGGGAGGAUAAAAGGGUGACAGACCUACUGAGAGGUGUGCGUGGUCGACCCGUCAUUGUGGCAUCGGACUUUGGGGGGUGGGGUCGUUCGCAGCCGGGUAGGACUGCCGGCGACGAAGAUAGCUGAACAGGUGUUUAGUGUUCCAGCGCCAGGAGGGAAGGCUGGUCGCCUUCUUUAGACAGUUAGGGCUGGGCAUAGGUGAUGCCAAGGCCGCGCCGACAUCUGCCGCUACGGACUCUGGCAGUGGACUUAUGUUGUGGAUUUACCCGCCGUCCUCGCAAGCUACACCCCGGGGCGUUGGACGGCGUUGGAAGCUCAGACCCCGGGGAUGGGGGUCACACCAUCCGUGACAGCUAAGUACCGCUGCUUACGUGACUCAUGCUGGACAGUUGGUUUUACAAGAGAGGGCUUGGGCCAUGGUGUUUUAUCGUUGUGUUUUAUUACUGGUUGUGCAAUAAAGUGUGUCUUUUAUAA